AGUGAUGCUUUUCACCCAGCUGCAAAUCUGAAACCAGGAAAUGGUCCUUUUUUUUACAGCACAAAGCAUGAUGUAGCAAAGUGAGGAAUAUACUGCAUGCUGCAGUGAGAACAGCAGUGUGUAUAGAUGGUCUCUUUCCUCUAUCCUGUGCUGUCUCUGUCCCUCUCUCACACUUACUCUUUCUGCAGGACGAGGUGGCUAUGGAGCCUCUGAGCAUCACCGUGGUGUUGGUUAGUCUCAGCAGUUUCCUCGUCUCUCAGUGGAUCUUUUACGUCGCAUGCCCAUGGCUGUCCGAGCGCCUCAUUCCAGCUUUCCUCACACUCACACACAAGCAGAGGACAGAGUGGAGCUCCAGGGCCGUUUCCACAUUCCAUGCUUUGGUCGUGGGACUUUUUUGUCUCUACAUAUUAGUUUUUGAUGAAGCUAUCAAGAAAGACCCCAUUUGGGGAGAUCCAACGCUGGUAAAACUGAACGUGGGUGUAACCACAGGCUACCUCAUCUCAGAUCUGCUGCUUAUGAUCUACUUCUGGGAUUUCAUAGGAGAGAAGUAUUUUGUCAUACACCACCUUGCUGCUCUUUAUGCUUAUUAUUAUGUACUGAGUCAGGGAAUAUUGCCCUAUUUUGCCAAUUUCCGUCUGCUUGCUGAAUUCUCCACCCCCUUUGUGAACCAGAGGUGGUUUCUUCAGGUUCUGGUCUAUGACAAGCUUUCCAAACCCAGUAUUGUUAAUGGAGUAGCCAUGGCGUGCUCUUUUUUCCUGGUGAGGAUCGCAGUCAUCCCAGUCUACUACAGCCAAAUGUACAGUGUGUAUGGUACCGAGGCUUUCUACAGACUCACACUCGGGGCUCGCAGUGCCUGGAUUCUCAGCAGCCUCUGCCUUGACAUCAUGAAUGUCAUGUGGAUGCGCAAGAUCCUUCGGGGCUGUCUCAAAGUCCUACACUCCAGCAGAGGCCAAAAACCAGUGACAGAAUUGGAGAAGCCAAAAACUGACUGAGACUGAGAAAGUUAAGCCUAGUCAACUUUUAUUGGUGUCUCAUCCUUAUAGACAAAUGCUGUGAUGUUAAAUAUUAAGCCUCCACGACCAUGAGGGAGCAUGCAAGACAAUACAGGAUUACUAUACACCGGCCUACAUAAAGAGCAAAUAGUGAGCACUUUGUAGGUGUACAAUUACUGACUGUAGCCCACGUGGAUGAACAAAUGGACAAAUUGUCAGUUCUCCUUUACUCUCAAUGGAUAGAAACCUCAAAACCAGCUGCUCAAACUAUUUGAACUUGUCUAUCUGAACGUGACUGCACUCAGGAGAGCAAAGCAAACAAACAUUGUUCUAAAAUCACAUUAUAGUUAGCAUUAGCAUUAAAAAGUGUACAGUUUCCAUCCACUUUCCAUACUGCUUAUCCUACACAGGGUUGUGGAGGAGCCUGGAGCCUAUCCCAGGGAACACGGGGCACAAGGCGGGGGACACCCUGGGCUAGGUGCCAACCCAUCACAGGGCACAAUUGCACAAACAUUCACACACUACAGACAACUGGAAAUGCCAGUCAACCUACAAUGCAUGUCUUUAGACUGGGGGAGGAAACCCCAAAGCACAGGGAGAACAUUCAAGCACCGUGCACACAGGUUGGAAGCGGGAUGGAGGCCCCAAUCCCAAGUUGCGAGGCAAAAGUGCCAACCACUAAGCCACCUUCCCCCUCAGACAUGUUAAUAGAUUUUAUUUCACGUUAAUAAACUUCAAAAUUCACCACUUACCUUGAAAAGACAGCGAGGGCACUGUGUUAGGGUAUCUUUCAAGCAACAUGAGCACAGGCCAAAACAUUAUUAAAGUGAGACAGGAGGAAGGGGGCGGGGCUUCCAGAGAGUGUCAGUUACUAUCUGAGAGUUCAAAACUCUUGUGUAAUUGUCAGCCAUUCCAGGUUGUCACUUGACAUUUUUAAUAUGAAAAAAGAAGACUGAACCUUUGGUAUAGUUAUAUUUGGUAUAGUUUGGUAUAACUCAACUUUGAUGUUAAAAUGUGGAGCCCCUUUUCAUUGAUAAAUGGAGUAAAGGAAGGCUGACAAAUUGUGCAUCUCAAGAGACGGUGUACAGUAAGUUGUAAUCUUACUUAAUAAAUUGUAAUCUUCAAAGUGACCUACCUUUAUGGUAGAUAUAAAUUAUUAUCUAAACUAGCCAAUUAGAGAAGGUGCAAUUUUGGUGUACCUGAAAAACUGGCAAGUCCUGACAGCGCCUACUCCAAGUGUACCUGCAAACAGUUUCAAUAUGUAUUACAAAUGAACUCUUCACAGAUUAACCGAAGGACUGCGGAUGAAAAUCCGGACAAUCGAAACCAACGAUGCUAAGCUGCUAUGAAGCGAAACCAAAUUUGCCUUUAUUUUAUCGGAUGCAAUAAAGUCAGCACAACAUCAGCACAGUUUAACAUAAAGGAACUAACAAGUCCAUGGGUUGUGACUGGAGCAAAAUGGAUGCCAUGUCUUAUAUGUUAUACAUACUAUAAGGGACCAUGCAUGCCUAUAAAAAUGAUUUUAAUUAUGGAUUCUCCGAAUGAAUGUAUGUACUCAAACCCACUUGAAGCAGCCUGUAUAAAAACGGUCUUCUCCAGCAUAUCAUAUGAAUUGUGAUUUGGGUUUUUUUUUAAAUCAGAAAGCUGCCUAUGUGCUAUUUCAACCAUAACUUUCAAUGUGCAACUACAUAUAAUUUACUUAGUUGAGUUUAUAUAUUUGUUUAAUGAAGACAAUGCAUGUCUUUGGACAGCGGAGGAAACCUCCGAAGCACGGGGAGAACACACACACAUGGCGGAGACAGAAUUAGAACCCCCAACCCUGGAGGUGUGAGGCAAACGUGCUAACCACUAAGCCUAUGUGGCAUUAUAGAAUUUUAAAAAAAUCAUUAAUCAGGGGAGAAAAAAUGUAUAAUAAUAUGAUAUUCCUGAACUCCUGAAAGUUGCCCUGACAAUUCUGUAGUACAGUUGAAACUGACUUGUUAAAAACCAUAUUUUACUACUGAUUAUAAACUUCUCCCCCACAACAGACAUUUUUAAAUCCAAUUUAUUCUCCAGGGCAUUUGAGUCAUUUUAAGAUCUCCAUCAUCCACAGCUAUCUGUUUGUUUCUGUCUUGUUACUUUAUUAUUAUUUUUUUGUGUGGUCUCCCUGUUGUCUUAUUUAAUCUAUUUGGUUUCUUAAUUAUGGUGUUUUUAUUUGAUUUAAUCUUUAUCUUAUACUGAUUUGAUUUUACUGUGCUGCACUUUGGGUGAUGUUUAGAUGUGCUAUAGAAAUAAAGCUGACUUGACUUGACUUGAUGCUGUAUCCACUUCAGAUACAAACACUUCAGUAAAACCUCAUCAUGCUCCAACUUUAGGCUAAAAAAAUCCAACUACAUGGUGACAGGCAGGAUCCACAGCCAAUCAGCAGUGAUAGAGAGAGUAAGAGUGUAAACAAAGUAAGAAUGAAUAAAAUAUAUAAGAAAAUGUAUUCAGGACCGAUGGAGCAUUACUUUGUUUGUAUUUCUUCCUCAA